ACUAGUUCAGCACUUCAGCCUUCACUCCACUCCACCACAGUCCACGCAGCCCACCGAAAUGGGGAAGCUGCUCCCUCGCCACCCUUCCCCCCUCCUCCUCCUCGCCGCGGCGAUCUGCAUCUCCAGCAGCAGCCUCGCGGCCGUCCGGGGCGCGCCGGUGUACCGCGCGGACUACCUGGUGGACGGGAACCAGCUGGUGGACAUGCAGUACCACAUGGGCCCCGUCGUGUCCGGGACGCCGACCAACCUCUACCUCAUCUGGUACGGGCGGUGGGAGGCCGCGGCGCAGGCCGUGCUCCGGGACUUCCUCGCCUCGCUCUCGGCCCCGGCCCCGUUCCCGGCCGUCUCCGACUGGUGGGCGCGCACGCCGCGGAUGUACGCGGACCAGACGGGCGCCAACGUGACGGGCGCCUUCGCCGUCGCCGGGGAGCACUCCGACGCCGGGUACUCCCACGGCGCGUCGCUCCGGCGCAUCGACGUGCAGUCCGUGAUCCGGUCGGCGGUGUACGCGUACCCGGACCCGCUGCCGCUGGACCCCUACAGCGGGGCGUACCUGGUGCUGACGUCCCCCGACGUGCAGGUGGACGAGUUCUGCCGCGCCGUCUGCGGCUUCCACUACUUCACCUUCGCGUCCGUGGUCGGGGUCACGGUGCCCUACGCCUGGGUCGGGAACAGCGCCACGCAGUGCCCGGGCAAGUGCGCGUACCCGUUCGCCGCCGCCGCCGAGUACGGCGCCGGGGGAGCCCAGCCCCAGGCGGUGCUGCGGCCGCCCAACGGCGACGCUGGGGUGGACGGGAUGGUGAUCGUGCUGGGGCACGAGCUGGCGGAGAUGUCCACGAACCCGCUGGUGAACGCGUGGUACGCCGGGGACACGCCCACGGCGCCGACCGAGAUCGCGGACCUGUGCCUGGGCGUGUACGGUGAUGGCGGCGGCGCGGGCGGCCUGGUCGGGAACGUGUCCCGCGCGCCCGAUGGCAGCGCCUACAACGUCAACGGCGUCAACGGCCGGCGGUUCCUCGUGCAGUGGCUCUGGAACCCCGUCCGCGGCGCCUGCUACGGCCCCAACUCCAGCAACUGACCCGAGUCGUCGCUAGGGGCGAGGGCGGUUGGAGGACGCCUCAUGCCAUUCUGCUGGAUUGAAUGGCAUUGCAGAAAUCCAUGGCGGUUUCAAUGGAUGGAGACAGCGUUCGUCCACUUCCCUGUCCGUUCAGGAAUGGUCCACAGGAGACGGGACGAGGAUCAGAUGAUGAAGCCGACCCAGUAAUUUGAAGCUGCACUGCAUGAGACACAUCGUGUGGAUCCUGCCUGAUCUAUCUGCAGUUCGGUAGGAAACAACGAGAAAAUGCCAUUUUGUUGUUCGUUUUUUUUACCUUGAUUUCCGGGACUCGAAUUUUGUUUCAGCUCCCGAGCCAGCAUCUCUUGCUUGCUGAAACAAAGUGGUCGCCUGAUCGAUUGCUUUC